CUGGCCGCGGCCGUCCUGCAUGGAGCCGGGCUUGGCUGGGCUGGGCUGGGCUGAGCGCGCCGCCGCGACGACGGAAGGCGCCCCCGGCCCCGCCAUGCGCGCCGCGCUCCUCCUCCCCUGGCUGCUGCUGGCGCUCCGGGGCUCCGGAUGCCAGCAUGUUGCUGGGUCAGGGCUAAAUGUGAUGGCACAAGAGCCAAAGGUACCCAUCUUGAGGAUCCUCGGGGCCCAGGGGGUGGAGACAUCUCUGUCCGGGGUUGAUUAUGAAGAAACUGAAGAGGAAGAGAUGAAAGAGCUUGUGGCACCUCAGUGGCUUGUGGAUGACUCAAGUAGAGUCGAAUCUCAACUUAAGCAACUAGCAACAUCAGGAAAUGGAAAGAAAAAUCCUGACAAACCCAAAAAAGGGGGAAGAAAGGGAAGGAAAAAGAAAAAGAAAAAUAGGGCACCAUGUGAAGAAGAAUUUAAAAACUUCUGCUUUCAUGGAGAAUGCAAAUAUAUUGAACAUCUCCAGAUACCGAGCUGCAAGUGCCAUCCAAAUUACUAUGGUGAACGUUGUGUUGAACAGUUCUUGAAGUCACACAGAAGCGAAGAGGCAGCAAGUCAGUCAACCACCAUAUUAGUGGUGGUAGCAGUUGUCUUCUCGGUCUUCAGUUGUGCCGUCAUUGUAGUCAUCGUCAUAAUGCAGGUAAGAAAAAAAUAUCCUAAAUGUGAAGAGAAAGAAGAAAAGAAAAGACUCCGCCAAGAAAAUGGAAGUACCAGCAAUGAACGAGAUGAAGUUGAAGAGGCUGUUGGUGAAGCCCGUGAGACUCCAUGGAGGCAUGUCUGAGAAGAUCAAAUGAAGGACCUUGGGGGUUGCGUGGUGAGAUACCAACUUGCCGGUUCAAUAUGGAGAAUCCUUCAAAGGGUGAUCGAGUAUUCCCUUUGUUUCCUGGCAAUUGCCAAUGAAUGUAAAAGAUGAUGCAUGUGCCGGAAUUAACAUGUAUCAUGUUCACGAACCAUGGAGAACUUAAAGUACUAGAAGACUAUCAUACAACUGUUACCUUGAA